AUGGAUGAAAUCAGACGUCUGGUCUGGGAAGGAGCCCUAAAUGUGCAAGUAACAGUGAAGUCGAGCCUAUUAAUUGGCGAUGCUGACCUUAGGCACUACACUUUGAACCUAAGGCUACCAAGAGAAACCUAUAUUGCAAUCUAUCUCCGAACUAUAAUUGACAGACUGCGAAACUAUUUGCGAACUGAUCCUGAUAAUGAAGACCAAUUUGUGUGGCUUGAGUGUCAAGGUGUGCCAGUCUACUGGAACUAUCCUAUCGGAAUACUCUAUGACUUUAUGACUGGCCUCAAUCCGUCUGAUAGACAAAGGAGUCACUGUUCAGGCGAGCUGCUGAACGUAUGGAAGCUGGAGCUCGCUCAGGGCUCUCAGCUACCGCCUGGUGUGAUACCGUUUGGUAGCGAACUUCAGCUGGUGCGAACGUACUGGAUGCAGCAAUGGAAACAGGCUUGCUAUGUUCUCAAUGGGUCCUCAAAGCAGAUGAUGUCACUAUCAAUGCAAGAUACUCAGAAGUUCUGGGAUGCUCUUAUAGCCAGAGAUCAAAAUGCUUUCAGACAGGUAGCUAGCAAAAUCAUUCCUGCGAAGCCUCGCAGUAUCCCAAUAUGUAUACAUCAGAGCCUCCCAAAAAUGCAGAUGUUCCAGCCCAUUGUUGCGGGACACAAGUCCGAUGGAUCGAGAAUGAAACUUAAAGAUUUGAUGAAGGAGCAGUUCUCCAGUCUGUUCGUGGACGACAACAGCUUAUCGAAGGUUGUAUCAAAUGGUAUAGAAUUACCUCUCACGCUGGAUCUCCUCGAUGUCUACGCUCGUUUCAUGAGUCUUGACGGUUACUUACAUUUAUCACUCUGUUUACUUUCGGAAAGCGAGUAUGGAAGAGCUAUCGCAAGAUGA